UCAGGUAUUAAUAGUGAGCAAAGGGGAGCACGCAGUUAGAGAGCCGUCCGGCCACAGCAGACAUUGCCAAUCCUGCUGCAUUUUAUCACACAUCAGCCUCAGAGUGAGUCCAUAAAGCAGGUGGCAUUAUUGCCAAGGAGAUGAAAGAAAACGAAGUGUCGUGCCGCUCCAGGGCUGAGCAUCAUACAUUGAAUGAGGCUGAACUAGAGACGAUUGGCCUGAGAAAUGAGGCUCCUUCAACCUCUCUCUCUACCAAGAUCCAGAAGAUAAGGUGCUCAAGUUCGACUGCAAAGUCCUUGCUGUUCAAGUUCUUCCCCAUUCUGAAAUGGCUGCCGCGGUACCCAGUCAAGGAUUGGCUGCUAGGGGACAUCAUCUCAGGAUUCAGUGUAGGAAUCAUGCAUCUCCCUCAGGGUUUGGCCUACGCGCUUCUAGCAGGGCUGCCUCCCGUCAUCGGCUUGUAUUCAGCCUUCUAUCCCGUCCUGCUGUAUUUCUUCUUUGGGACCUCCAGGCACAUCUCUGUGGGCCCAUUUGCUGUCAUCUCUGUGAUGAUCGGGAGUGUGACAGACUCACUGGAACCAAGCGGAAAGUACAUGGAGGCGGUUAACGGUUCGAAUGUCACCAUUGUCAAUGAGACUCUGAGGGACGCUGCCAGAGUGGAGCUGGUGGCUUCACUUGCCUUCUUGGUUGGCAUAUUUCAGAUUGCCCUUGGUCUGCUUCAAUUUGGGUUUGUGGCCACCUACCUUUCUGAGCCUUUGGUGCGGGGCUACACCACAGCGGCCUCUAUCCAAGUGCUAAUCUCCCAGCUGAAGUACGUCUUUGGGGUGACUGUGAUGGAGUAUUCAGGGCCAUUGUCAAUGAUCUAUACCUUUUUGGAAGUUUGCUCAAAAUUGCCAAAUACCAACGUGGGCACCUUAGUCACUUCUCUGAUCACCAUGGUUUCGAUCCUGCUUGUGAAGCUGCUCAAUGACAAAAUUGGCAAGAGGCUUCCGAUCCCAAUCCCCAUCGAGCUUCUCACGAUUAUUAUAUCCACAGUGAUCUCCUACUUUGCCAAGCUGAACGGAAAUUUUGGGAUUAGCAUCGUGGGUGAAAUCCCCAGCGGGAUGAGGCCCCCUGAGGCCCCCAAAGUACACUAUUUUGAGAAGGUGGUAGGAAAUGCUUUUGCCAUCGCGAUGGUUAGCUAUGUUAUUGCUAUCUCGCUCGGCAAGAUCUUUGCUCUCAAGCAUGGCUACAAAGUGGACAGCAACCAGGAGCUGAUAGCCUUGGGGCUCAGUAACUUCGUGGGCAGUUUUUUCCAAUGUUACAGCAUCAGCUGCUCCAUGUCCCGCUCCCUUGUGCAGGAGAGCACUGGAGGCAACAGUCAGGUGGCUGCCCUGGUCUCCUGUCUCAUCCUCCUAGUGACCAUCUUGAAGAUUGGGGCACUUUUUGAACAGCUGCCCAAGGCCAUUUUAGCUUCUAUCAUUAUUGUCAACCUGAAGGGCAUGUUCAAGCAGUUUAGAGAUAUCCGUAUGCUUUGGAGAUCCAACGUUAUUGACCUGCUGAUCUGGAUUGUAACCUUCAUAGCUACUAUUGUGUUGAAUCUUGACAUGGGACUUGGGGUUGCUGUGGCCUUUUCACUUCUCACCGUAAUCUUCCGGACCCAGAUGCCCCAUUAUUCCAUUUUAGGACAAGUGCCCACAACUGAUGUUUACAGAGAUGUAGCUGAAUAUCAAAAGGCUGAGGAGAUCCCAGGCAUGAAGAUUUUCCGCUCCUCCGCUACGGUCUAUUUUGCUAAUGCUGACCUGUAUGCAGAAGCCCUAAAGAAGAAGUGUGGCUUUGAUGUGGACCGUCUUGUUGAAAAGAAGAAAAAAGCCCUAAAGAAGAAGCAGAAGAAAGACAAGAAGGAAGCCAAGCAGGCAAAGAAAAUGGCUUCUCAGAUAAAAACGGUGUGUGACUCCGGGAACAACAACCUGGCGUUUGUGAACAUAGAUAUGGAGGCAAGGCCACAGGAACUGGGAGAUGACACAGAAGCCACUGCUGCUAAUGGAAGUGUGACUGACUUGGCCCCGCAAAACCAGAGCCAGCCACAACCUUCUGGCAAACCCACUUUGCAUUCCCUGGGACUGAAGAAGCCUCCUCUUCACUCGCUUAUCCUGGACCUCACCCCUGUCAACUUUGUGGACACCGUCUGCAUAAAGACCUUUAAAAACAUAUUUAAAGAUUUCCAAGAGAUUGAAGUGGACGUGUUUCUCGUCGGUUGCCAUGCUUCCGUCAUUACCCAGCUGGAAAGAGGCAAUUUCUUCAGCCAGACCAUCACCAAGCAGCACCUUUUCCCAUCUGUACAUGAUGCUGUUACCUAUGUUACCAGGAACCGGGGAGAGAGCUUGCCACAAACUGUCACAGUACGUGGUUAGCCUUUUCU